AUGAAGGAAAUUGGGAUGCUAAUGCUAAUGGCAAUUUUUGAGAAAGUGUCAGUAGUUGGGAAAACAAGGGUUGGCAAAGCCCUCAUCAAACCCAUAAACAACAUAUAAUCGAGUCUCUAGAUUUGUAACUGUAAUUGUAUUAACACCUACCCAAGCAACUAACUUUGGAUAAAAUAAUAAUUACCGAGUAGUAAAACAGAUCAAAUCGAGCCCUUCUUCCUUGGAAUUGAAACUUAAAUCCAUUCAUUACAACAACUCAUCCCGAUUGAUCUGUAAAUUAGGACCUACUGAUCAUCAUCAUUCUUAUCAAUCUAGGGUUUUCAUUCGAAUAGUAAAGUAAUCAUAAUAAUGGCAACAAGGAAUAGAACGAUUUUAUUUAGAAAGUAUAGAGAUUCAUUGAAGAGUGUUAGGGGUCCUCCUCCUCCUCCCAAGGGGGUUAUUGAAAUGGGCGUGUUUAAACAGAAUAAUAAUUAUGCUCCUCUUAGUACUUCCGAAGAUCCCGGAACCUCCUCCUCUUCUUCUUCUUCAGUGGCAAUAACAGUGGGACUUCCUCCUGCUUGGGUUGAUGUAUCUGAUGAAAUAGCAGCAAAUGUGCAACGUGCAAGGUCUAAAAUGGCAGAACUAGCCAAGGCUCAUGCCAAGGCUUUAAUGCCAUCAUUUGGGGAUGGUCGGGAAGAUCAACGCAGGAUUGAGGCUCUAACCCAUGAGAUAACUGAUCUUCUAAGAAAGUCAGAAAAGAGAUUAAAGAGAUUAUCUGCUGGUGGGACUUCUGAGGACUCAAAUAUUAGGAAGAAUGUGCAGCGCUCUCUUGCCACUGAUCUUCAGAGCCUUUCAGUAGAACUCCGGAAAAAGCAAUCAACUUAUUUGAAGCGCCUCCAGCAGCAGAAAGAGGGUCCAGAUGGGGUUGAUCUCGAAAUGAAUUUAAAUGGAAAGCAAUCUAGAAGGGAUGACGAUGAGUUUGAUGACUUGGGUUUCAAUGAACAUCAGAUGGCCAAACUGAAAAAAAGUGAGGCUUUCACAGUUGAAAGGGAAAAAGAGAUUCAACAGGUUGUGGAAUCAGUAAACGAGCUGGCACAAAUAAUGAAGGAUCUUUCUGUCCUUGUGAUUGAUCAGGGAACAAUUGUUGACAGAAUAGACCACAAUAUUCAAAAUGUUGCUGCCUCAGUAGAUGAAGGCCUUAAACAGCUUCAAAAGGCGGAGAGAAGUCAGAAAAGAGGGGGGAUGAUAAUGUGUGCUACAAUACUCGUUAUCAUGUGCUUCGUAAUGUUGGUUCUCUUGAUCCUUAAGGAAAUUCUUUUCUGAUCUCAUUUGAUCUCAUUAUUCUUAAGUCUUAUGUUACAAAAUUAUUAUCACGACCCUCUGCUGAAAAAUGCAAAAACACUUGCGUAUAAAUUGUGUUAGAAGAAUGGGAAGUUUUGAACAUUACUGAAGGGUUGCGGUGUUUUCUUUUAUGUACUUCUGACAACUGGAACGGUGUGUGUAUAAUUCAGUGGAAUGACUUGUCCAAUGGUCAUGUAUAGAGGAUCUUAUACCGUAAUUUGCAGAAGAGAUUUUGGUUUGUAAUUUUAGAUAUUAACCGUCUGGAUUUAUUUGUUUAUGUACUGAUUUAUUCAUCAAAUAUAUAAAUGGAGAAGGGUUUAUCAUUAAA